UUGCGCCACCGGAGCCCGCAUCCGCAUCCACCACCUCCGCUCGCAAUCACUCUACAACAGAUCGGAAACCUCGCGGGCGGCGGCGGCGGCGGCGCGGGUAAGCGAGCGGACACCGGCGACGAGCGCGAGGAGGAGGAGGAGGAGGAAGGAGAAGAUGGCGGCGACGCUGUCGCAGCUCGACGACGGGAUCGUCCGCGGGAUGGCCAUCGGCGCGGUAUUCACCGACUACGCUGGGAAGAUAAACUGCCUCGACUUCCACCGCAAGGAGGAUCUCCUCGUCACCUCCAGCGAGGACGACUCCAUACGCCUCUACAACAUCACCAGCGCCACGUUGUUGAAGACUACAUAUCAUAGGAAACAUGGUGCUGACCGUGUCUGUUUCACUCACCAUCCGAGUUCUAUCUUAUGUUCAUCAAGAUACAAUCUAGAGUCAGCAGAGUCACUUCGUUAUUUAUCACUGUAUGACAACCGUUGCUUAAGAUAUUUUAAAGGACACAAAGACAGGGUUGUUUCACUAUGUAUGUCACCUGUCAACGAUAGUUUUAUGUCAGGAUCACUUGAUCACAGUGUCAGGAUAUGGGAUCUUCGUGUAAAUGCUUGUCAGGGUAUACUACGUUUGCGUGGUAGGCCUUCUGUUGCAUAUGAUCAGCAGGGACUUGUUUUUGCCGUGGCAAUGGAAGGAGGUGCUAUUAAGCUAUUUGAUUCCCGGUCAUAUGACAAAGGUCCCUUUGACACUUUCUUGGUUGGUGGAGAUACAGCUGAAGUUUCUGACAUCAAAUUUAGCAAUGAUGGCAAGUCCAUGCUUUUGACAACAACCAACAACCAUAUAUAUGUUCUGGAUGCAUAUGGAGGGGAUAAGAGGUGUGGCUUUAGUCUGGAGUCAUCUCCCAAUGUAGCAACUGAAGCUGCUUUUACUCCAGAUGGCCAAUAUGUAAUUUCAGGAUCUGGUGAUGGUACCUUGCAUGCUUGGAACAUCAAUACAAUACAAGAGAUUGCUUGUUGGAACAGUCACAUCGGUCCUAUCACUGCUUUGAAGUGGGCUCCCCGUCGAGCAAUGUUUGCAACUGCGUCAACUGCCCUAACUUUCUGGAUUCCCAACAAUUCCAGUUCGAAUUAGGUGCCUAGCAAAAAGGAUGGAACGUGUGAUAUGCUGAUUCAACAAACACUUGUAUCCUGUUCUUUCCUGCACAAGAUGGGUAUCGUGUAUGAAGUAUCAAUCUCUUUAUUACCAUCUGUGGCAAAAAAUGAUGAUGUACACCUUCCCAUUGUAUUCUCUUAUGGCUAUUGUUAAUACACAUAAAAUUUUCUGCAUCAGUCACCCAAAAUCUUCCUUUGCACUUCUCUCAGUGCAUCAUCAGAAAUGGAAAUCGUACAGCUGGUCCAAAUCU